AAUUUCUUGAAAACCUUACUGAUGAUAGAAAGCGGAAUCAAGGUCGACGACGUCUUCGGGAUGGCUUUAAAUUUAGCAGUGAACAGGUGAGUAUAUUGAUACCCAACCAGAGAAGUGGUAAAACUAAAACUAUAAAUCUUGCAACUUCCGAUAGAUAUCAAGAUCCUAUUUCAAUCCCGCAAGGAUUAAAGGAAGAAACUAUUGGAGAGAUGGCGCAUCGAUUUUUACAGAACAAGCUUAGUAUUAGGGAUAUAAGAGCUGAAGCUUAUGCCUUAGCCUUAUCGGCAUUAAAUGCUAAUGCUGGUUCUUCUAGGUUAUCACGACUCAGAAGAGAAUUAAGAAAUCUUGGUGCUUCAUUCCAGAUAAUCGAAGCCACAAAAUUCCCCGAUAUUACAAAAGAUGCUAACGAAAUUCAGAAGAAUCGACGAAUAUUUGUUGAGGAGUUUGAGAGAAUUGAUUAUCCAGACCACUUUACGUUAGAAUCGGUGAAAGAAAGAUUGGACAGUUAUGAUACAUCUACUUUGCCCGACUUACAAGCUCUCGCAGAUGUUAUGAUAAUGCUUUGUAUCCGCCCUGCUGAACUUACAUCUUUACGCAUUACAGAUGCUGGAGUGAUAGGCUAUGCAAAGAACCAAAGUCAGAUGGAUACUCCUCGAAAAUUAAGAUCUAUGGAGAAGAAUCAAGAACGAGCCAAAGAAUUACUAACCUGGAUACAAAAUGCUAUAUCUUCUGGUCGAAUAGGUGAUCCAGGGGCUGUAUAUGCUGUGGUG